AUGCAAAAACUGACGGAGCGCAUAGACGACCUGAAGCAAAGAAUAGCUGCUUGGGGAAAGCGGAUUCGGCGAUAUACCGAGAGGUCGACACUGUUCAACCAGAAUCGUCUCUUCCAGAGUGAUCAGAAGAGGCUCUGUAAAUCAUUGGAGCGACCAAUAGUAAGUGGAACGGGCCCUGCACCAAAUCAGGCCGACAUGGUCGCAUUCUGGCGCAGCCUGUGGUCAGAGCCCGUAAACCACAACGAGGGCCCUUGGACGGAAGUUGUGGCGAGUCAAUGUGCGAGUAUUACGCCCAUGGACCCCGUCAUCAUAACGCCGGAUGUCGUAGCUGAGGCGGUCCUUAGGGCCCCGAACUGGAAAAGUCCGGGGCUUGACGGGCUGCAUCACUACUGGCUGAAGGGGUUCAUGACCGGACCAGACAGAGUUCGGUAUAUCUUGCGCUCAAAUAUAUUUGAUGUCGCCGAACUCGAACGGUUACGACGUGAGGCUGUUCCCUCAUGGGAUGAAAAUGCUACGGCUGAGGAUGCAGCGCCACAAGUGAUAGAGCAACCCGCAAACGUGGAUGCCGCCGUGAAUACCCCAGUUGUGGUUGAUUCAAACGAUGAUGGAACAGUCGCCCAGGAACUGGAAUAA